CCAUCUCAACCGUUCAACAACCAUUCUAAUCCGUCGGAUUCAAAACCAUUCUUUAAUUCAAUAAUUUAGUAAGUUCCACAGAAGACAUAACGUGCACUCUCACACAGAAUAUAACUCCACUUCACUCGUUUUAGAUUCUCACUUUUCCUUUUUGGUUGACAGUAAAGCAAUCCCUCCAUUUUAAUUCCUCACCACACUGAUUCAAAACCCACUCUUUACUUUACUCGCAUCAACAAACUUUGAAGAAACCAAAGGAAGCUACAACAAUGGCGAAAAUCGUUGGAGCGUUGGUUUUACUUUGUGUACUUCCUGCCAUUUCUAUGGCUGCUAGACCUGAGAAGAAACCUUACUGUGUUAGAGGUCGCGUUUACUGUGACCAUUGCAAAGCCGGUUUCGAAACCCCUGCCUCUACUUAUCUCGAAGGUGCAAAGGUUAAGCUGGAAUGCCGUCACAGACACACACAGAAUGUCCUCUACUCAGCUGAGGCAGUUACUGAUGCAACUGGUUCUUACAAGAUUUUCGUCCACAACGACCAGAAAGACAAUGUAUGUGACACCAUUCUGGUGAGCAGCCCCCACAAGACUUGCAGUAUUCCUGACCAAGGACGUGACCGUUCCCGAGUUGUCCUCACCAGCUACAAUGGUGUGGUUUCCUAUGACCGAUAUGCUAACAACAUGGGAUUCAUGGUGAACGAACCCUUGAGCUUCUGUUCCCAGCUGAUGCAGCAAUAUCAGCUCACUGAAGAUGAAGUUUAGAUAAUAGAUUCAUGAUAUGAGAGCUUGUUGACUCACUAGUAUGUUACAUCUACAUAAUGCUUAUCAUGCUUGUUGCUUAAUUAUUGUAUUACUUAUGUCAACUGGAUAACUAUUGUUAUUAGUUGCAGCUGAGGUUUAGCAACCAUUUGUAUUCAUUAUGAUUGGUUUUAAUGGUAUUUUAAGUAUGUGAUUUCGAUCA